AUGUUCGAGGCAUAUUUGCCGCCAAUUGACUCAGUCGACCCCUCCUCUGGUUCUUCAACUGGCACCUCACCCCGCCGCUCGUCCAGCAACUCACCCGGCAUCUCAACUGGCAUCUCAACCGCCAUCGCGUCCGGCAGGAGCUCCCCAAGCACGCCUCAGCCGAAACAGAAGAAGGCCGCACGCGCGAAGACCCAGACGCCUAGCCCCUCAAAGUCUAAUGUCUCACCUACGGCCUCACAGGCGCUCGCGGCUCCCAUCUCAGACGACACUACCUGGACAGAUGGCGACUUUCAGGUGAUCACCUCUGACCGGGUGCGCUUCCGCGUCCCCUCCUUCCUCCUGUUCGCCGCGAGCCCCAUCUUCCGGGACGCGGAGAGGUUCGCAGUCCACACAUCGGAAGAAGUCAGCUUCUGCGCCACUCUUCGGGAGAAGCAGUACGAGACGGCGGCCAUCUUCCGUCUCUUCAUGGCGAUCAUCUCCAAAAGUGAGCUGGAGGUUGAGGACAAGAAACCCGGCCCGGACUUGCGCUUCCCUCAACGCGCGCGCGUAUAUCGGGACCUGUACAAGUUUCUCGAGAAGUGGGAGAGCGUGACCGGCCUCCGCCUUCUGGGAUGCGAGCUGCGCAUGGGUGUCCUCGAAAACGGCGGCCUUCACAUCCUCUUCGCCUUUCUCGUAGGCUCACUCACGCAUGACGUCGGCCUGUGCACCGCCGCCAUCGCGCGGUCUGCCACCGCCUCGCAGAUGAGUACAGGCGACGACAUUCUGAUGACGCCGAGCAAAUGGCCGUCCUGGUUCUGGAGCACGUGCCCGCCGACGUACUUGGGCUCUCUGAUCGUCGCAAAGGAGGAGACGUACGAUUCCAAGGAGCUUCUGGACAAGUUCAAGAUGCAUCUCCUCAGGCUUGGAGGGCGGAGUGUGGACAUCUGCUUCCGCUGCGAGUGA